CUCACCUGUCCUCUGUUCGAUUCUACUUGCCUUCUCUGUAAAGUCGCGAUCCAUAUUCUGCAAAUACAGUGUUAGAGAGAGAAGAAGAACAAUUUCUAUUACUCUAAACCCUUCUUCUCUACCUCUGUUUGGAAUUCGUUUAACCAUUUUGGCCCUUUUUGGUGUUUGGCUCGAUUCGGGUACUCAUGGUUGCGGCAUAGAAAGCUAAAAUGUGUGGGAAAAGCAAAGCGAAUCAUCAUCACUCUUCAAGAACUCUCGUAUCCCGGAAAUGGACCCUCUUCCUUUGCUUGGCUAGCUUUUGCUCUGGAAUGCUCUUCACCAACAGGAUGUGGACAAUUCCUGAACCCAAAGACAUGCCUCGAUCGACGUCCAUAGAAGCCAAAGAAUUGAAGUUAGUAUCAAAGGGCUGUGAUUUAAAAACAGUAAGCAUCUCCAGAUUUCUCUUGCUUCAACACCAUAACGAACCUGCCUUAAAAUUUUCUCCUCCUCCUCCACAGAAUGAACUCAAUUUUUCAUCCAAAGACAUCUUUGGCAAGGUUUUUAACACACACAACGCCAUACACACAUUAGAUAAAUCGAUAUCCAAUUUAGAGAUGGAGUUAGCUGCAACCAAAGCAGUUCAAGAAUCAAUCCAAAGCAGCUCACCUUUAUCACAAGAUUCAAAGCAAACUGAUACAACUGGGAGAAGAAAGUAUUUAAUGGUUAUAGGAAUCAAUACUGCAUUUAGCAGCAGAAAAAGAAGAGAUUCUGUUCGUGCUACCUGGAUGCCUCAAGGUGAAAAAAGGAAGAAGUUGGAGGAAGAAAAGGGUAUCAUUAUUCGCUUUGCCAUUGGCCAUAGUGCUACACCAGGAGGUAUUCUUGACAGAGCUAUUGAAGCAGAAGAUAAAAAGCAUGGAGAUUUCCUUAGGCUGGAUCAUGUUGAAGGCUACCUUGAAUUAUCCGCCAAAACCAAGAUAUACUUCGUGACAGCCUUUUCUCUAUGGGAUGCAGACUUCUACGUCAAAGUUGAUGAUGAUGUUCAUGUAAACAUCGGAACGCUUGGCGAGACACUAGCCAGACAUCGAUCCAAGCCACGAGUAUACAUCGGAUGCAUGAAAUCUGGCCCCGUUCUUUCGCAAAGAGGAGUGAGGUACCAUGAGCCGGAACAUUGGAAGUUUGGAGAAGGUGGAAACAAGUAUUUCCGACAUGCGACAGGACAACUAUAUGCAAUCUCGAAUGAUUUGGGUGCUUACAUUUCAAUGAACCAGCAUGUUUUACACAAGUAUGCUAACGAGGAUGUCUCAUUGGGUUCGUGGGUUAUCGGUCUCAAUGUCGAGCAUAUUGAUGAUCGGAGACUCUGCUGUGGCACUCCACCUGAUUGCGAGUGGAAGGCUCAGGCGGGGAACAUUUGCGUUGCUUCGUUCGAUUGGAGUUGCAGCGGCAUUUGCAGAUCUGCCGAUAGGAUUAAGGAAGUCCAUCGACGGUGCGGAGAAGGUGCUGGAAAAAGAUGAACUGCUGCAAACCACAAAAUCUGUUCCUUUUUGAAGAGAUACACAAAGAUUGAAAAGAACUUAUAAAGAGAAAACAGAGGAAGUGGUUAAGAAGGCUUCAGGGAAGAUCCAGAAAUAAAGAAAAAUAGCAAAAAGUUGGAGAGAAAAGGGUGGAUGAUAGCAUUAAUGAAGAAGCAUUAAAGCUUCAAACAACCAAAGCAGGAAGGAGGUUGGAAUAUUAAUUAAAGAAGAGGAAACAAAGGGGGCAGAGAGACAAAUGUGGGGAGGCAUUGAAUGAGGCCAUUUAUAAAUGAUGGGCAGAGGGAGAAAAUGGAGAAUGUAAAGGGAUGUUUGGUUCUGUUCAAUCGCCAUUAAUGUCGAUC